CAAGCUGUCAAUCGCUUGCUUAGCAACUAGUAAAUUGUUGAUGAAUAUCACAGUUUACAGUUAAAGUACCAUUUUAUUUCUGUUCUUAGCUGUUUGUUACACCUUCAUAUCUUGUUAAAGAAUAAUGGUGAAAAGGUGUAUCUGCGAAAUAUGCACGUGUGGGCGCCAUCGGUGCCCACACCGGCCCAAUGCACCAAUUGGUCGAGGAGACAGAGAGUGUUUAUUAACAGAAUAUAACACCACAUAUCGUCAACAUCCCAUGCAACCAAGAGAAAGUUUUAAACCACCAAAUGUUGCUGUUAAAGCAGAUGCUGCCAUGGAUGAUAAAACUACACACAGAGUGGAUUAUAUACCACACCCAGUUGAUAGACCAGCUCUUCAUCAACCUGAUGCUUAUAAAACACCACAGGGAGACUUUGAUAUGUUGACAUCUUACACGAAAGAUUAUGUUGAAAAGGGUGGACCAAGAGCUGUACCUAUUAAACAUGAAGGGUUAAGACAGUUGCCAGCAAGGUUUGAAGGGGAACCUACUUAUCAAUCUGAUUAUAGGAAGUGGCCUAUUAAUCGUCAACCAGCUUAUGGAGAUCAAGGUACCUGGAAACCACCAACACAACAAUUUGUUGGUGAAACCACUUUUGCUCGUGAUUUUCAGAGGUACAAUCAAGCUCCAAGAAAGAGUAUGAAACCACAGGAAGCUACCAAAGCAUCAGACAUCCCCUUUGAUGGUCGUACUGGAUACAGAGAUUAUUACAUCAAACAUCCUUUGGAGGCACGUCAAAUGAGGCAGCCAGAGAAAUUCAAACCUUCUGGAAUUCCUUUUGAUGGGUUAUCUACCUUUAGAAGGGAUUACACUGGUCCAAUGGGUCAGAAAACUGAAAGCUGUAAGCCCCUCAAUCAGGCAUUCCAAUCAUCUGCUCCAUUAGAAGAUAUGACUACAUUUAAAAAUGAUUAUCGCCGAUGGGCUACUGAAAGACCUCGUCUCCAUGACCCUGAUCCAUACAGACGUCCAGAAGGUGAUAUGGACAUGAAUACGACUCAUCAGAUAGCUUUUAAAGAGCAUCCUCUUCAGAAACACAUGGCUAAACGUCCUGCUUCAGCUACUGGCUUAAGACCUGGUACAUUUGAUGAUACAACCAACUAUAAAACAGACUUCAGACCAUGGGAGUUGGGUCAAAGAAUGCAACCUACAAUGAAGCCUGAUUACAAUCCAAGCAAUGCACCAUUUGAGGGCAUGCCAACAUACAAAGCUCAUUACAUCAAGCAUCCUAUUAAUCCAAUGAAGAGUUGCAAGCCAGAUAAUUCAGCUAUUCAAAGUGAUGCUCAGUUUGAAGAUGGUACCAUGUACAGGAUGGAUUACACUCCUAAGAAGAUUGCUCCUUGUCCUGCUGCCAUAAUCGAGACUGGUCAAUCUACAUUCAGGUUUGAUCACAUAGAUGGACGUGGUCAUAAAGUGUACCAACCAGUUUAUGAAACGAUCACUCCCUUAAAUGGAGCUACAACAAAUAAUUUAGUCUCUGUACCAGUGGCAUAAAUUUCCUCAAAAAUCAGCAACGAUUUGUAACCACGUUUUAUCAUGUUAAGGCUGUAUAUAAAUAUAGUUCUGUGCCAAGGCUUGAGCCAAAAUCGUAGUUCGGUUAUUAUUUUUUUGUCAAAAUUUUGUUAGAGUUUAGAAACUGUUUCACAAGUCACACAGCAUUAAAUAAUUUCUUCCACUCGAUUUCCCAGCAUUAAUUUAUUAAAUUCGAAUUAAAGGAUAUUUAUUUUUCUAAAAUUUCAACACAAUCUUAUGACUAGAAUCAUGAGGCUGUCCAACCAAUUUGAUUCCAUAUUACCAAAGGUCAAUUAUUCACGUACACUUCUUUUGUUAAGAAUAAUAUCACUUUAAACUCAUUUGUUUUUUUGUUUAAGUUUGUUUUGAGCUCUUUAAUCAUGAUUUUAACUCUGAAUGUUCUGAUACAAGUUUUCUUGAUUGUAACAUAAUCAAGUCAUAAUAUGGAGCUAAAUGGAGAAGAGUAGCCUACUGUUGACUGUUGGUAGUAAUGUAAUUAUAUAUACAGUCCUGUUUUUAGAGAGUUUUGAUAGGAGGUGAAAAAAGAUGGAGUGAAAUUUGAAGGUUUUAUUUUUUUUUCUUUUAUUAACAAUGAGGUAUGGUAGACAUUGUAUAUAUAUUGUAUUUAAGGCAUACGUUAUUUUUUUAUCAUAAUUCAUAAUAUAUCAUUUGUAACCUCCCUUUACAAUGGUCUAGCUAUACAAGUGCUAAACAAAUGGUAUAUAUAUAUUUUAUAUUACUGAUAGAUAUAUCUGAGCAAAGAUAUUUAUGCACAUUUGGGUACAAAACACUAUCAGCCCACAUGAGCAAUAAGUAAUGAGCACAAUUUAAGUCACACUUUUAAAGUUCUCAAUUUAGCCCUGCUUUUUAUUGUACCUCAAAAUAAUGUGGACUUGUCAUGUUUUUAAAUCAGAUCGAUGCUAUAUCCAAGCCACACCAAGCACAGUGGUAUUGAAUGAACACAGUGUUAUUCUAUCUGAAGAACUUAGUUAACUUAUUUAUAUUUGAAUUAUCCCCAGAUAUGCAUAAAUAUGUUCGUUUCAGUAUAUAUACCGACAUGAUUUUUGUAUUAUUUUAGGCGUACUUUUCUUAAAAAUAGAUGAAUCUAAGAUAUAUAAAUUUUUCUGAGCUUUACUAUUUUUGUCUAGCUUUUUUAAUUAGGUAACAAAACUGUCUAAAUUGUUCAGUGUUUUCGAUUUCUAAAUGUGUUAUUACAUUGUAAUUGAACAAUUUGUCAGUUUGAUAGGAUCUUUAUAGGAUCCCUUGGAAACUUCCAGAUGUCUUAUGUUGUACAUUUUACUAGGAUUCUUUAAAGGUAGUGAAGUCAAGUGUACCUGUGUAUUGUUACAUGUUGUCAAAUAUCAAUGGCAGGCUAUGAUUAACUGCAAGUUGUAUAAAGGUUAAAUAAAUUUUUGUCUGAUAUAUCUGCAUUUCUGCUCUCUUGAUUACUUUUCAGAAGUAAAAUCUGACAUUUGAGAUGUCCAGUGGGCUCUAGAGAACCCGAUUUUGAUACUAGAAAUUUAAACAUGUAGCUACUAUUGAUUUCUAUCAACUUGUAAAAUGAUUAAGUAAAGACAUGUCCCUUUAUAUGUGUAGAGAAGGGCAUCAGAAAACCCAUUCUUGACAGUGGUCAUAUCAUUGAGGGUAUAUUUAACUUCCUAUGUUUUUAUAUAAAUUAUUUAUUAUUUAUCUCAACUGUGAUCUAUUAAUAUUAUACUAACUUUAUUAUUAUACUAAAUAAAUAUUUUAUUUAACAUCUU